UACGCUACCAAGGAGGCGCAGGGCCUGCGUCUUGUGGUGGACAGCCACACGUGUGAGUUCACCAAGGAGUACGACCCCACGCGCCUGGUGACCAACACGGCCGGUAAGCUCGCCCGCUACCUGGUGGACGAUGGCGCCAGCCUGCGUCGUGGCAUGUCGUACGCUGAGAUCGAGGUCAUGAAGAUGUACAUGCCGCUGCUGAUCCCGGAGGCCGGUGUCAUCCGUCUGCUCAAGUCCGAGGGCGCCGUUCUGGCCCCUGGUAACUGCAUUGCCACCAUGGAGCUCGAUGACCCGUCGUGCGUCAAGAAGUCGGACGUGUACAUGGGCAAGCUCCCGUCGGCCGAGAACGCGAACGGAAACAGCCCCAAGUCGGUCCACAAGAUGCGCAAGUCACUGGCCGUCCUCACGAGCGUGCUGCAGGGUUACUUUGCCCCGGCGGACCUCACGCAGAAGGCGCUGGUCGACCUGUUCCAGGCGCUCAACGAGCCGCUCCUGCCCGUGGAGGAGAUCAAGGAGGCCAUGUCGCCGCUGGCCGGCCGCAUCCCGCUCGACGUGUUCGCCAAGAUCACGGACAAGCUCCAGACCUUCAAGAAGGCGGUGUCGGAGGAGCCCACGGCUGCCCACGAGUUCAACGUCGCCGAGGUGGUUGCGAUUCUGGACGAGUACAAGAACGCGCUUGCGACGGACCCGCUCGUGAACGUGCUAGCAAGAACCCACAGUGAUACUAUAUAA